CUUCAAUACUUUCCUGCAUGAGAGCCACUCAGUACACAUGCAUGUUGCUUAGCUAUUUAAUAGAGAAUAAAGCCGAUAAAAAGAAGCUGGUAAUGAAACUCAAGCAGUUGGAAUCUAGCAUGAGCUCUGGCCGGAAAACCUCCUCUUCAGUUAGACAAUUGGAAUUACUGCUGGAAGGAUGAGAGGAAUAAGUUAACAGUCAGCUGUUGCUGUAGAGGCCAAACUGUCACCUCUGUUCAAGGACAGAGCAGGGUUGUGAGGCAAGGCUGGCUCACUGUGUGCUCAUUAGUCCUUCCAGCUGAUGGGUUGAGACAGCCCAGUGCUGAAAGAUCAUCAUCCUACAAGAUCACCUCUGAAGGACAUCCUUCAAUAUGGCUUUUAUAUCCUACUUAACAUAUUAAUCUCUUUAGCAUUUCUACCCUACUAAAUGACAUACCCUUCCAUGCUUACAGCCUGACCAUUUGCAUCACUCCCUUCUGUGUCACGGUUGCAUCCACAAUGACUACACUGUUACUAUGUGUGUAUCACUUGUUUUCAGCUUGAUCUUGCACCCACUUGUCAAUUGCUCAAUCCUGGAACAACUGCAACACGAGACAAAUAUUCUAGUCUAUCAUAUUGCCAUAGAUUUGUUUAUUAUUCCAUUAGCUUUAGAGUUAUGGUCAUUUCCAGUGGGGAGGCCAGUUGGUUUAUCAGCAUAGCCAUAAUUCUUAUGCUUCUGCUAAAUAAAUCACUAAUAGACACCACGCCUGAAUUCAGGGCUCUUGUAGUUCCACCAGGCUUGGGUGCUGUCAGCAUCUGUCACUGUGAUAAAGGCAUCAGGGUGUAAAAAGUAUUUUCAAUAAUUUUAUAUUAACAUUCAGGGGCCAAAACCCAAACGGUGCAGAGGUGAAAUCAGGUUUGCCAUAUGUUCUACCUUGAAAUGGAAUCCAGUGUUCCACACAGUUUACAAAGAGCUCCAUGUGCCUCUGGCAGAUUCAUGGCUGAGGAGGGACUUUGGUCCCUGUGCUCAGCACGUGAAUCACCAGCUUUCACAGGCACAGAGGCCACCUGUAUCCCAUGGCUGCAACAGGAUUAAUGCAGCAACAUCUUCUGUCCACAAAGUGAGGUAAAAUGCUGUGCAAUGUCCAGCUGAAAUUAGAGGCUCUGUUUGUGUUCUUUAUUUGCUGGCACUGAGUCCUGCAGAGCCAAGGGUGAUAUUGGUCCAGAGGGGUGCAAGAAUGGAAUGGCAAGAGAGGCUGCAAGUCCUGGCUGUUGACCAGACAGUAUGUAUGUCCUGGGCUGGUGAUGUUUACAGAGCACUGAGAUGUUUACACCCUUUUCCUCACUAAUUCUCCCAAGUGCUCAAGCACACACAUGCCCAAAGCCCUCCAGGUUUUGUACAAACACACGCGGACCGUGACAGGCCGGGCCGUGCUAACCUGUGUGGGCUCUCUUGCAGUGUUCAGGCUGGGCAAUGUGGUGCACGCCUUGGUGGCAGCCAGGAGAGCUGCAGAGCUGCCAGAGGUGGUGCCUCGCCUGUGCCUCACGGGCUCCCACCUCAGCCGGGCCCUGUACUUCGUGUGCGACGCCGCGCUCUGGCUCCGCAGCGUCGGCCUCCAGCCAAACCUCGACAAACCCAAGUGGCACACCUGGGCCACCAAGUGCUACUACUGCUCCCUGCUGAUGAACCUGGCCAGGGACUGGUAUGAGAUCUCCUGGAGGCUGGAACAGGCUGCGCUGGAAGAAAAGGCAAAGGAGAAUUGUGCCUGGCAGAGAGACGGCGAGGAGCUAAAUGGCGUGAGGAGCGAUGGUUUGCACAGUUUUCUCUGCCAGCUCUUUCAGAUACUGAAAAGGAAUCCUCCUUUGCUGCUGGACUUGGUGAAGAACCUCUGUGAUCUCUCAGGCCCUUUGGAUACUCUGGGAAUCUACAAGACCAACCCAGGAGUGAUUGGUUUCUGCGGCGUGCUCUCCUCCCUGGUGGGGAUCCUCACGUUAGCAAGCCCACAUCUGAAGCUGAAACAGUGACAUAAAAGGAGCUGCAUAGUAUGAGGCUGCAGCUUUGAUCCUCUGACAGAUUUUUAUCUUCAUAUAGCACUUUCAAAUGAACAUCUCUUAAAAUAAUCUCAAGAUUAAUUUUGUCCUCUGAAGAAGUGGAUUCUGCCACCUUUCCUUCCCUGUGCCUUUGCAGAUGAGUUUAGUGCCAUGACACACUCACUGAUGGGGUGGAGAGAGGAAAAGGCCAAGUAAUAUUUCACAAGCAGAAAGAGGACUUGGAACUUGGCUGCUAGAUAAGAAAAUAUUCCUUUAUUUUAAUACAGGGUUGUGAAAUAACUGCAUAGGCGACUGUAAUAGGUAUAUGAUUCAUGGCUACACUAAUCAUGUUUACACUGGAAAGUUUCAAUUCACUAAUCCAAGGUCCCUGCAGUCAGAUUGUCUAGAGUGGGUUAGGAGCUGCAGUUAGAGCAGCCUGAAGUCAGGGAUGAGUGUCCUGAUGGGUUUGGGUUGGUGGAUGCUGUGCCCUGCAGGCACUGAGCACACUGUGGUGGUACCUGGAAAUGGUCUCUGUGGUGUGUGCCCUGCUGGUGCUGGAGCUGCAGUCUAGUGAGUGCCAACUCCUGUCCCGAAAAUCUGCACUUUCUUUGUUCCCUUUGAUACUGUGAGCCAGGGACUGUUGGCCAGUGACUCUGACUGCUCCAGCAGGCCACAGCUUUGGUGCAGGACAGCAUAUUAACUCCCAAACCCCUGUAAUUGCAAGCACAAUUAUUUUCCAUUAAUGAUAUUGUGAUAAGGAGCUUGUUUUUCUCUUUAAAUUUACAUGAAAAAUUCCAGUGUAAUAAGGAGUUUGGAACAUGCAGUUAAGGAGAGAAGCCUGGCUCAGAGCUCGUUGAGUCACAAAAACUGCAAGGACAUGUUUCUGGUUGUGUAAGCUCCAGGAGGGGAGAGAAUGGAGUUUGUCAUGAUAACAUCAGAAUCCCUGUGGAAGAAAGCUUUUUACUGGAUUUGGGCAUUCAUGGUUUAGACUUUUGUAUCUGGUGCUCCCUCUCCUCCCUGCUCAUGACCACAUGAUUGCUUCUGUGUUCCCUCGCUGGCUGAAUGGGUUCAGCCAUUUGAAAAUGCCUCAUUUUGUUGCCCUGCAACUGUGUUAUUGUUUAUCAGUGACCUCACUGGCAGGGAUGGCUGGCAGUGUAACUGGGUUAAAAGAGAAAUGCUGUGUCCAGCUCUCUAGCAGGGCAUGCAGUGUUUGCUGCUCCUGACUUUGCAGGAUACCAGUUUGACACCAUCUGAGACAAAUUGCACAUUAUACAGGAGAUAAAUGUAACAUUUUUCUUCAUCAGAGUUAGGCCUGUGUGUUCUGCUGCUUCCUGGUGUAAGAAGUCCUUGUUUAAUCUGCCAAGGAGAUGUGAACAGACUAACCUGGACCAAAGUUCUCUCUUAUUAUUUCUGAUGCUAUCCAAAACCAGAAAAUUAAAAGGUGUGAAUCUCCUUUAUUAAAAGGCAAAGGAUGUGGAAUUAAGUAAGCAGAUGAGGCAGUGCGCCAGUUUACCUGAAGUUGUGGUUGGGCUUGGAAUUACUUCCAGUUUGAAUAUGAAGUGAUAGCCUGCCAAUGAAGUGUUUGAAAAGAAAGAGGUUGCUGGGCAGGAUAAUUAAGUGUGUUUGAAGGCCAGAUGUGGCCUUCAGGAGCUCUUCAAUAUGGAAAUAAGCAGCACUAAAAGUAAAAACUGGCAGUUCAGGCCAAAAUGGAGCAUUGUGUGUGGGAUAUAUAUUAUAGGCUAUAUUCUAGGCUUCCUCUCCUUUAUAACAAUGGAAUUUUUUUGUUUGUUUCUUUCUUUCUCCAUUUGUGUUUCAUCUCCUGGCAAUGAGGAAGCCAUCCCUACCUUAGUCAGAGUUGAUCAUUAUCUCAGUGUGUAGCAACCCCUGGAAGAAAGGAAGAGGAGUCUUGAUCAUCUGACAGUGGAGGUUUGACCAGCUUUUGUCUACAGAUUUCCAUCUUAUCGUUAAAAAUGUGUUUUCAGUCUCACUCGGGGGAGCUCUGAGAUGCAAAAUACUUCACAAAAUACUUUCACUGGUUUGCCAGCUGGUCUCUCUUUCUCUCUUACACUUUUCAGGGAAAGCCAUUGAUAAAACCCAAUCUCCCUCCCUGUGCCUGCAGGCAAACACUGUGCUAAGCCCUGAGCCAGGCUUUGAUGUUUCUCCCUUAGGGCCUGGUGUGGAUUAGCUUGUGCAGCCUUAUUGAGGGAAAUGAGGGUGAGUUUUCAGCCUGUCUCAGCCCUGCCUGUCCCAUUCUCCAUGAUGUAGGCUGGAACACACAGGAGUACCUCUCUUUACUAGAUGUUAAGCACUAAUAUUUGCUUUCUGCUCCCUAGCUGGAGGCUGGUGAUUUAAGGUACCUUAAAAUAAUGUGACUGAAGCUAUAGGAUUGUGAUCAUAUGGAGAAAAUCCUUUUAGUGCCUUUUUUGUAUCUCUUUCUAAUACAGCAGUUGGAGUAAGAACAAGAUGUUUGAACAUAAGCAAUAAACUGUGAUGAGUGUGA